AUGGCAUUAAAAGUGGACCCCAAACGCUCCGUAGCAGAACGUCUACAAAACUACCUUCGUAGCGCAAACAGACGGGGCCAGUUUUUAUCCUCACUUUGGCCGCGGGUGUCUGUCAUUGAGGUUUCACCGACCAAGUCCGUGUUCGAGUUGACUGUUACUGGCGAUGAUUGCAAUGGAUUGGGAAGCUUGCAUGGUGGAUGUACUGCUAGUAUUAUCGAUGUUUGUUCUACUGGUGCUAUAAUCGCAGCCGCGACAAAGUAUUUCGUACAUGGAGGCGUAUCUAAUGACUUGACGAUAAGUUACGUUUCAGCUGCCAAAGAAGGUGACGUGGUAUUGAUAGAAUGCUCUAUUAUCAAGCUGGGUAAAUCACUAGCGAAUACCCAUACUGUUAUACGGAAUAAAAAUACUGGGCAGGUCGUCGCCAUGGGAAGUCACACAAAGUUCAACAGUGAGUAG